CGCCCGGGCGGGGGGGAGGAGGAGGGGGAGGAGGGAGCGGGAGAUCUCGGGGCUCGGAGCCGGCCGCCGCUCCGCUCCGAUCGCUGUGGGGCUCGGUUUUUUGGGGGUGGGGGGGCGGGGGGGCUCAGAUAUGGAGGCAAAUGGGAGCCAAGGCACCUCGGGCAGCGCCAACGACUCCCAGCACGACCCCGGUAAAAUGUUUAUCGGUGGACUGAGCUGGCAGACCUCACCAGAUAGCCUUAGAGACUAUUUUAGCAAAUUUGGAGAAAUUAGAGAAUGUAUGGUCAUGAGAGAUCCCACUACGAAACGCUCCAGAGGCUUCGGUUUUGUCACGUUCGCAGACCCAGCAAGUGUAGAUAAAGUCUUAGGUCAGCCCCACCAUGAGUUAGAUUCCAAGACGAUUGAUCCCAAAGUUGCAUUUCCUCGUCGAGCACAGCCCAAGAUGGUCACAAGAACAAAGAAAAUAUUUGUAGGCGGACUGUCUGCGAACACGGUGGUAGAAGAUGUAAAGCAAUAUUUUGAGCAGUUUGGCAAGGUUGAGGAUGCAAUGCUGAUGUUUGAUAAGACAACUAACAGGCACAGAGGCUUUGGCUUUGUCACUUUUGAGAAUGAAGACGUUGUAGAGAAAGUCUGUGAGAUUCAUUUCCAUGAAAUCAAUAAUAAAAUGGUAGAAUGUAAGAAAGCUCAGCCAAAAGAAGUCAUGUUCCCACCUGGGACAAGAGGCCGGGCCCGGGGACUGCCUUACACCAUGGAUGCGUUCAUGCUUGGCAUGGGGAUGCUGGGCUAUCCCAAUUUCGUGGCGACCUAUGGUCGUGGCUACCCUGGAUUUGCUCCUAGCUAUGGCUACCAGUUUCCAGGCUUCCCAGCAGCGGCUUAUGGACCAGUGGCAGCGGCGGCAGUGGCAGCGGCCCGAGGAUCAGUCCUGAAUAGCUACAGUGCUCAACCGAAUUUUGGCGCGCCCGCUUCCCCGGCAGGCUCCAAUCCGGCGCGGCCCGGAGGCUUCCCGGGGGCCAACAGCCCAGGACCUGUCGCCGAUCUCUACGGCCCUGCCAGCCAGGACUCCGGAGUGGGGAAUUACAUAAGUGCGGCCAGCCCACAGCCAGGCUCGGGCUUCGGCCACGGCAUAGCUGGACCUUUGAUUGCAACGGCCUUUACAAAUGGAUACCAUUGAGCAGGUGCUUUCGUUGCCAUCUCACUCUGAGAGCAUACCUGGAUGUCCAGGCAAGACUGGGCGAAGUUUCUGAGUGGCCCUUUGUUUAGGUGAUGUCAUCAAACCUGGACCCCCACCAGCCUCACUCCCCACCCCCACCAGAGAUGGCUCACUUUGGAUGGAGGGUUGACUCCAUCUCAUCAUCUCACGAAUCUGCUGUAAUAUACGACAACAGCUUUUAAAUGUGUAUAUAAUCCAUGAUUUUUGGUUUAGUUAUGUUUUUGUUUUUCUUGAUGGUUUCCCUCCCCUUCCCCUUCUCCUUUUAAAUCUCUUUGAAUCACAUUUGGUAGUGAUUUUUGACUUAGACCAGUAGUCAUAUAUAGCGUUAAUAUCUAGUUAAAAGCUAACCAUAGUAUAAUUGUUACAUUAAGGUUUUAUUUUUCUUUUAAAAAAAUUUUUUUUGCUUGUUUUGAUUCUGUUCUCACUUUUAAAGGAUGCUGAGAUGGUCAAAAUGACUCUCAAUGUUUUGGUACCAAUUCUGAGACUGUCUGAACGUUCAGGUGGAGCUUGAACAUACACAGAAGCAAAGUUGUGAUGUGUGGAGUGGGAGGUGGGCAAAAACUUUCCACUUUGCUCUGUGUCAGAAGUGAGAUGGAGUGAGCUGACUAACAGAUUUGAUAGCAUUUCUUUCUUUGUGAUGUCUCUUUGUUAACCCAAGUAUAUCUAUUUUCGGCAAUAAGGUAAGGACGACAAUGUUUUGAGUGUCCUCCUUUUCUGUAAGUGCUUUUUUUCUGUUGAAAGGGGUGAUAUUAUAAGGUUUUUUGAAAUUGUGAAUUCUAAA